AUGAAGCCAUCGGAACAUUCGCCGCCCAAGCAUCAUUGGGCAGGUCUUCUGCCGCCAGGUGUUGCUCAACAUCGUCCAUGUCAGAACAUCAAGGGCCCCCAGGUUGCUGGGAUCGUGCGACUAGGUGGAUCUAAGAUGCGAGCUCUGAUAUCAGGUCACAGAAGCCCUUAUUGCCCACCCAGCAAUAUAUCCGGAAAAGUCGGCUUUACUGGAUCGGCACCCGUUGGUCCAAUUGUUGGCAGCAUUUGUGGAAAAUAUAUCAACCUGGUUUUGCUGGAACUUGCCAGCUUAAUUGUUCUUUCGGCAGCUUCUUCCAUUCUGGUCAGAUAUGCAUGUCGACAACUUCACUAUUGGGUGCGUUUGAUCGGAAUCGAGACUCCGAGACCGCCCGCCCCAACACCACAUCCAUCAGUUGGCAGACAAGUUUAUUGCGGAGUUGAAGAAAAACAGCUGGCUUCUGUGAAAGCUGGACAUAUUGAUGAUUCACUGCACAAACUCAAGGGACUUUUCUACGAGCCCCCUGCCAGACGUGCCCAAGCUUUUGUCAUAGACGCUGCGUCGAAGGGUGGCGGAUUCGUGCUUGGCAGUGCCGAUGAGUACAAAGGAAGAAGCAUACUCCAGCCUACCAUUAUCGACCACGCGACACCUGAAGAAAUGGAUGCGUUUCCAGUCGUCUGA